AUGCCUUCUGUAACAGGUCCUGGCGCAGUUGCCACUAUAGCACUAUGGCUGUCUGCCAGCAAUUCCCCUAGCACCCAACCCAGUGAGAUUUUUCAUCCUUCCAGUAGCUCUAGCACUAGUUCCAAACAAAGUGUGAGCUUCAGACCUUCCAUUAUUUCGAGCACAAGUGAUUUGCCCAGUGUCAUGCCCAGUGAAAGCUAUCAGCCUUCAGGUGGCUCUAGUACCAGUUCAGAACCAAGUGUGAGCUUCAGACCGUCCAUCACGAGUGGUUCUCCAAUCACCCAACCUAGCAAAAAUUUUCAGCCUUCCAUUGCUCCUACUAGCCCCAAUUCCAAACCAUCCACAGGCCCCAUCACAACUUCUUUGUCAAGCCCAGUUGGAGCCCCCAAGGCAGGCUUCUUACAGGGCAGUGUCUCUCAAGGCGAUUGGACGUUUAGUGAAGAUGAGGAAGCACAAUUUCAGUUUGAAGACAGCAGUGAUGAGGAUGGGAACAUAUUCCAGCAUAAGAAAUAG